CAAACACCACAGAUAGAGAGAGACUCUCCUACCUGUUGCCCUUUCUUUGACACUACUGUAUGGUUAGAGGAAAAUAAUAUUUAUUUGGGAAGAAAAAAGGAAAAAAAGGAGAAAUAAUUUUAGUCGAAAUUCGAAAAAGAUUCUUUGAGCAUUUUGUUUUCUGCCAAUUUCAUUGGAUUUUCUCCAGAAUUUGCCAUCUGGUUUAGAUCAAUUUUCUCUGUAUGUAUUUGUGUUGAAUUCUCUUUCGGUUAUUGGAGCAUAUCCCAGCUGAAACUGCACGUAGAUUUCCAAAAUUCAGAUCAAAGAUUUAUAUAUCUGAGAUUUGGAGUUGUGUUGGCGCUGAAGUCAAUUCUGGAGUUGAACAGCGUUUUCAAACACAGCUGCUGGGAAUCGGAAAGUUAACGUUCAAAUCCAGACCUCAAUUUGCGUAGAGAAGUAAAUGCACCUCCGAUCUCAGUCAAUAUUAUGCUUUCUCUCGAGAAACGGAUCUGACAAGAAGGAGAAGCAUUUACAUGAAACAGAAGAAUCUCUUGAGUUUUCAAAAUAUGGAAUUCAACCCAGCUUCUCCAAACAGUUUGCUAAAAUAGAUCAUAAUUGAUCUCCGGAAUUGUUCAGUGAUUUUUUUUUUUUAAAGAAAAGCAACAAAGUUGGUGAAUUUAUCAAAACUAUCUCAGUCGCGGAUGGAGCUUCCUCAACAACAGCGUCUCUUCGAAGCCGAAGGAAGGAAACCAACACACGACUUUCUCUCACUGUACGGUCAUUCAGCUGGCCAACAAGAUCCAAGGCCACCUUCUCAAGGUGACCUCAAGACUCAUGAUUUUCUACAACCACUGGAACGGGUCGGGAAGAUCACUGCUAAAGAAGAAACAACCCGUGAGAUUUCAUCCCUUGAAAGGGCGCCGCCUCAUGCACCACCACCCUCAGUGGAGCACAUCCUCCCUGGUGGCAUUGGAACUUACAGUAUUAGCCACAUUUCUAACUAUUUCUAUCAAAGAAUCCCAAAGCCAGAGGAUAGCACAGUUUUCACCGUACCUCAAGCAAGUAGUACAGAUAAAAAUGAGGAGCAUUCCAACUGCAGUUCUUAUACCGGAAGUGGAUUCACUCUGCAGGAAGAAUCUGCAUCGAAGAAGGGAAAGCUAGAGAAGGAGAAUGACGGAGAAAGAUCCGACUACGCAAGAGAGGCGGCGGCGAUACGGGGGCAUUGGACGUCGUCCGAGAGGCCAUCAAGGUCAUCAACGAACACCAAUCACAAUAGUUUCUGCUCUAUCUCUUCCACUGACUUUUUAAACAGGCCAUCCAGGCAGAAGGGCCAGAGCUUUAUAGAUAUUAUAAAAUCAGGCAAAGGAAGUAAUCAAGAUGAUAAUUCAGAUGACGAGGAGGAGUUCGAUCCUAAGAAAGAAAGCUCUUCACCAAUCCAUAAAGGGGAGUUGAGGGUAAAAGUGGAUGCAAAGCAUACCGACCAGAAAGCUAAUACGCCGCGAUCAAAACAUUCUGCCACUGAGCAACGGAGGAGGAGCAAAAUAAAUGAUAGAUUUCAGAUGUUGAGAGAACUCAUUCCACACGUCGACCAAAAGAGAGACAAGGCGUCAUUCCUUCUAGAGGUUAUCGAGUAUAUUCAGUUUUUACAGGAGAAAGUACAAAAAUAUGAAGGGUCAUACCAAGGAUGGAAGAAUGAACCUGCCAAAUUGCUGCCAUGGGGAAACGGCAUCAGGCCUAUAGAAAGUUAUGUCGAUCAAUCUCGAGGCACUAGUAGUGGUGCUGGUCCUGCAGUACUUGUUGCUGCAAAGUUGGGCGAGGAAAACAUCACCGUCUCUCCAACCAUUCUGGCAAGUACACAGAACCCAGUACCAGUAGAAUAUGAUAUGAACUCGGCUACUACCUUAAAACCAUUGGAUCGCCGUCCUGAAAUUAAAAAUAAAGCCAUGCCUUUUCCUUUGUCGCUGCAGCCAAACUUCUUCAAUUCUGGUGCAAGUGGUAGAAAUGGUGGUGCAAUGGCUCAAAUUCCACCUAGGCUGGUAUCAGAUGCCGAGAACAAGGCAAAUCAACCUAAAACCCAAUCACUUCAUAUUAGAUCCUGUACUGGUGAAGAAGUUGUUGCCGGUGAUAAGUUGAAAGAACAAGAGCUGAGCAUCGAAGGUGGUACAAUUAACAUCUCAAGUGUGUACUCUCAAGGGUUGCUAAACACUCUGACACAGGCACUGCAGAGUUCUGGAGUGGAUUUGUCGCAGGCCAGUGUUUCAGUGCAAAUUGAGCUGGGAAAGCAAGCAAAUAGAAGACCAAUCCUUCCUGAAUCCAUUGUUAAGGAUGUUGAAGUUCCCUCGAGCAACCAAGGGACAAUACGGCGAAGAGUCUCAAGCGGUGAGGGAUCGCACCAAGCCCCAAAGAAACUCAAGGCAAGUAAAAGUUAGCAGUUAGCACAAAGUAAAGUAUCAUAAUAUUCUUUUUUGUCUUUUCAUCUUAAUUUAUUCAUUACUUUUUGAUACCAACGUGUCAUCAUGGGAGUUUAUUCAAGUGUUUUCCUGGUUUAUAAACUACCCAGUUUUACAACAAAGACUGUACAUGUAGCUGUUUUCCGUUUGUUAGGAUGCACAGAAUUCCUAACAAACAAAUUUGUAUCAUUCAUUUUCUUUUUUGUGUAUCCUCCAUAUAAGCUUUCCGUAUUCUAACGCUGAGAAGCUGUUUUUCCACUAAACUUGCGUUCAUGUGAAGUUUCUAAGCCAUUAAUUAUUAAUUUUCUUUUUUUACGUCA